UCAAAGAAAAAUGAUAAAAUGACAGACAUUGGUCACAUUGCAUUCACUACAGAGUUUAAGUCUAUGGAAGAGUGCAAUCAGAUGUUCAAAGUCAAUUCACACUAACCCACGCCACAACAACAAUACCCAGCAGCUUCGAUUCUACAUUCCUGAAUUUCUUCUGAUUUUCUAAGAUCUAUCUUUUAUCUUUUAUUUAUUAAACCCCCCCCCCCCCCCCCCCCCCCAAAUUUUUUUUGUUUCCACGAAUUUUCUUCCACAUUGUAGUAAAUUAUCGGAAAUAGGUGCAAUAAUAUUGUAGAAAUCCUCCGUUUCUUGAAGAAGAAAUGGAGGCAAGUGCUGGGAUGGUUGCUGGGUCGCACAAGCGGAAUGAGCUGGUUCGGAUCCGCCAUGAUUCUGAUAGUGCGCCGAAGCCCCUGAAGAAUCUGGAUAGUCAGAUAUGUCAGAUUUGCGGUGAUACUGUUGGGGUGACUGCUAAUGGUGAUAUAUUUGUUGCUUGUAAUGAGUGUGCCUUUCCUGUUUGUCGGACUUGUUAUGAGUAUGAACGCAAAGAUGGGAACCAAGCAUGCCCCCAGUGCAAGACCCGAUACAAGAGGCUUAAAGGGAGCCCACGAGUUGACGGUGAUGAUGAGGAGGAGGAUGUUGACGACCUUGUCAAUGAGUUCAAUUAUGGCGAAGGAAAUGUCAAGGCUAGACGGAAGUGGCAGGGAGAAGAUGUUGAUCUCUCUUCGUCCUCUAGACAUGAAUCUCACCAACCAAUUCCUCUUCUGACAAAUGGGCAGCCAAUCUCUGGUGAAAUCCCUCUAAGUGCAACACCAGAUACUCAAUCUAUAAGAAGUAUGUCAGGACCUCUGGGCCCCGGAGACAAGCAUGGCCACUCCCUACCAUACCUUGACCCGAGGCAACCAGUUCCUGUGAGAAUUGUGGACCCUUCAAAGGACUUGAAUUCUUACGGGCUUGGUAGUGUUGACUGGAAAGAGAGAGUAGAAGGUUGGAAACUUAAACAGGAGAAAAGUAUGACUCAAAUAACCAACAGAUACUCGGAAGGGAAAGGAGACAUUGAGGGGACAGGAUCAAAUGGAGAAGAGCUACAAAUGGCUGAUGAUGCUCGCCAACCUUUAAGUCGUGUGAUUCCUAUCUCUUCUUCUCACCUUACCCCUUAUCGGGUUGUAAUUAUACUUCGGUUGAUCAUCUUGGGCUUUUUCAUGCAAUACCGGCUGACUCACCCUGUGAAUGAUGCCUAUCCUUUGUGGUUGGUAUCGGUUAUCUGUGAAGUUUGGUUUGCCUUAUCUUGGCUUUUGGAUCAGUUCCCAAAAUGGUCACCCAUCAACCGUGAGACCUAUCUGGACAGGCUUGCAUUAAGAUAUGAUAGGGAGGGGGAGCCUUCUCAGUUAGCACCAGUGGAUGUUUUUGUCAGUACUGUGGAUCCUUUGAAAGAGCCUCCUCUUGUCACAGCAAACACAGUGCUGUCGAUCCUUGCGGUGGAUUACCCUGUAGACAAGGUCUCGUGCUAUGUUUCUGAUGAUGGUUCAGCAAUGUUGACAUUUGAAGCCCUCUCGGAAACUGCAGAGUUUGCAAGGAAAUGGGUGCCAUUCUGCAAGAAGUUUAAUAUCGAACCUCGGGCUCCCGAAUUCUAUUUCUCUCAGAAGAUUGAUUAUUUGAAGGACAAGAUUCUGCCUUCAUUUGUGAAAGAGCGUAGGGCAAUGAAGAGGGAAUAUGAUGAAUUCAAGAUACGUAUCAAUGCACUUGUUGCCAAAGCACAAAAAAUGCCUGAAGAGGGUUGGACAAUGCAAGAUGGUACCCCUUGGCCUGGAAACAACUCUAGGGAUCAUCCCGGAAUGAUCCAGGUCUUCUUGGGUCAUAGUGGUGGGCUCGAUACAGAUGGAAAUGAACUUCCUCGCCUGGUUUAUGUUUCUCGUGAAAAGAGGCCAGGAUUCCAACACCACAAAAAGGCCGGAGCUAUGAAUGCUUUGAUUCGAGUUUCUGCUGUCCUCACGAAUGGAGCGUAUCUUUUGAAUGUCGAUUGUGAUCACUACUUUAACAACAGCAAAGCACUUAAAGAAGCCAUGUGUUUCAUGAUGGAUCCUGCUUAUGGAAAGAAGACGUGCUAUGUUCAAUUCCCCCAGAGGUUUGAUGGCAUUGACUUGCACGAUCGAUAUGCCAACCGCAACAUUGUGUUCUUCGAUAUCAACUUGAAGGGGCUGGAUGGCCUUCAGGGUCCCGUCUAUGUGGGAACCGGGUGUUGUUUUAACAGGCAAGCCUUAUAUGGUUACGAUCCGGUCUUAACUGAAGCUGAUUUGGAGCCGAACAUUAUUGUGAAGAGCUGUUGUGGCUCGAGAAAGAAGGGAGGGCGUGGUGACAAGAAAUAUAUCGAUAAAAAGAGAGCAGUUCAAAGAACUGAAUCUACCAUUCCUAUUUUUAAUUUGGAGGACAAUGAAGACGGCGUGGAAGGAUAUGAUGAAGACAAGACUCUUCUCAUGUCUCAGAAGAGCUUAGAGAAGCGGUUUGGUCAGUCUCCCGUUUUUAUCGCUGCUACCUUUAUGGAACAGGGAGGCAUUCCGCCAUCAACUAAUCCCGCAACACUUUUGAAAGAAGCAAUCCAUGUCAUUAGCUGUGGGUACGAGGACAAGACCGAAUGGGGAAAAGAGAUUGGAUGGAUCUAUGGGUCUGUCACCGAGGAUAUCUUGACCGGAUUUAAGAUGCACGCAAGAGGAUGGAUUUCUAUCUAUUGCGUGCCUCCUCGCCCGGCAUUUAAAGGGUCUGCUCCUAUAAAUCUUUCGGAUCGUUUGAACCAAGUGCUCCGGUGGGCCUUGGGAUCCAUUGAAAUUCUCCUUAGCCGGCAUUGCCCGAUAUGGUAUGGCUACAAUGGAAGACUGAAACUCUUGGAAAGAAUAGCGUAUAUUAACACCAUCGUUUAUCCCAUCACCUCCAUUCCAUUGCUUGCUUACUGCAUUCUCCCUGCUAUCUGUCUUCUCACCGGGAAAUUUAUUGUUCCCGAGAUAAGCAACUAUGCUAGCGCUUGGUUCAUUCUCCUCUUCAUAUCCAUUUUCGCCACCGGUAUAUUGGAGCUUAGGUGGAGCGGUGUCAGCAUCGAGGAUUGGUGGAGAAACGAACAGUUCUGGGUCAUCGGUGGCACAUCCGCUCAUCUUUUUGCCGUGUUCCAAGGCCUUCUAAAAGUACUUGCCGGGAUUGAUACCAAUUUCACCGUCACUUCAAAGGCUUCCGAUGAAGAUGGAGAUUUCGCUGAGCUUUACGUGUUCAAGUGGACAUCCCUUCUCAUUCCCCCGACCACAGUCCUUAUAGUCAACCUCGUAGGCAUAGUGGCAGGCGUCUCGUUCGCCAUAAACAGCGGGUAUCAGUCGUGGGGCCCUCUAUUCGGGAGACUGUUCUUCGCCAUUUGGGUCAUCGUGCACUUGUAUCCGUUCCUCAAAGGUCUGUUGGGCAGGCAGAACCGCACUCCCACCAUCGUCAUCGUCUGGUCCAUACUUCUUGCAUCCAUCUUCUCUUUGCUAUGGGUGCGAAUAGACCCCUUCACUUCGGACAGCGCAAAAGCGGCCGCAGGGGGUCAAUGUGGCAUCAACUGCUAGCCGGUUUUGGAUGCCAUUUUGUCGAAGGAAAGCCCUAAACCGGCAGUGUAACCGUGUAUAUAGGCAAGAAACCGAGGUGCGAAAAUUGCGCGGGGGAUGGUCUUAUAGUUAAGCUAUUGUUGUAUCAUGUUUCUUUGCAAGAAUGGUUUGGGAUGGGUAUUUUGUCAUAGACUUCUGCUGUUACUUGGCAGUGACCAAAAUUUGUUUAAAUUUGUAGUGUGAAAAGUAUUCUCUGACAGGAUGUUCUUCACAAAUGUAUUCAUGGCAGCAACUUCAGGACCUAAAAAGAAAAGUAAUUUGUUGAUGUUCUUGUA